CUUGUGCUAUGAAAUAAUAGUUUAUUUUCUUCUGGACAACCCUGAUUAGUUUUCAUUUGUUUUAUAUUUUCUCUAAUGUUAAUUAUGAUUGAAAGGAAAAUAAAAACUCAAAUACAGAAAAGAGAAAGGAGGUAAUUAGUCUAAUUAGAUUUUUUUUUUCUAUUUAUUUUAGAACUUGAAUUUGACAAGUAGAUUAUAUUAAUUACUAGUUGGUAGUAUAGUAGAUGGAGGACUAUAUCUGCUUUUGGAUUUAAUAUGCUGAGGUUUUCGCAAAUUCAAAAAAUGAUUUGGGAAGUGCUUGAGCAUUUGAUCAACAACUGGCUGAAUGAAUUUAAAGAUUGCUGCAAAAACAAUGUUUAGUGGGAAAAAAAUCUGUGUGAAUACUGUUGUUUCAGGCUGAUGACCAAUGCCCAUGUGCCAAAAGUAGCUCGACCUGCAUAGCGUCAAGGGAAGCAAAGCUACGCCCAAAUAUGGAAGAUGUGGUAGAAUUUCUGCAGGAAUUACAGGACACCAAUGACAAUGAGAGAUUCAAAGAUACUGAGGGCCUGUUUGGCAUUACGGACAUACAGUUGAUAAAAACACUUCAUUAAAGUACUAUUUAGAAAAUUUUAAAAUACCUGUUGAUAACCUCCAGAUCUUUCCUAGCUCAGGAAUAAGACCGGAUCCAAAAGAAGGCCACAGGUCCAAAACCCAUCAGAUUAUACGUUCGAAAGACGGCUCGACUUCACGAGUCUGGGCCAGCGACCCAGGGCAAUUCGGGUCAGAUACGAGCAUAAGCCCAAUAGGGGAGUAGGUCUAAUCACUCAUCAACCCUGUUCGUAUGCGUGCCAGGGUGAAUUAAAUGGCCGCCUGGAGAAGGGCCUAACACGUUCGUACGUACGGGUCUGAAGGACACAGACAGGUUCUUUCAUCAAGUAGAACAUUGGGAGACCCAUUUGAUGGACCCAUAUGGUGGACCAAGAAGAAAGUUGGACCAGGAGGAGGAAAAUAUUUAUCAAAUGGCGCCGUCUGUGGGAACGAAGGAGAUCUUUUCGUCACCGGAGUUCCUAAAUUCACCCAUUGAGAUCCACAUGAAGGUAUGAAAGCUUAUGCGAAAAGAAAGCUGGAGAUUUACAAUAACCCAGCUGAAUAACCUAGCUGAAAAAAAUAAAUCUAGCUGGUUCAAGAAUAUUUUGAUAGUCUUUUAGAUAGCUUAUUUUAAUAUUUAUUGAAUUUUAUUACUACUAACUUUUUCUUUGAGAUUUGACGAAGUGAAACUUCAGAUGGUGUAUAUAUUUAUUGAAACUGUGAGAUCAACAGUACAUAUGGUGUAAAGGUUGGAUGGGCAGGUUUGCUAUGAAUUAGAGAGGAGGAGUCCGCGAAAAAAGAAAAAAAAAAGGGGCAGGUCGAAUGGUUGGAAUAGCAAGAGUGGAAGGAGCUCGAGCUGCCAAAGACGCGCCGACCUGAGGAGGAAGUUGCUGGUCUGGUCGAGUUCCAACAAGUGAGGUCGGCGCGACGCUGAAAUGGGCCAAUAAAUAGACGUGAUGGUGGCAAAGAUGCAUCGACCUGAUGAGGAAAUCGCUGGUCUGGUCGAGCUCCAACAAGUGAGGUCGGCGCGACCAUGUAGCAAUCCGACCAUGUGGGUCGCGCGGAAAUGAACAAUGUUAGUACUGCUGAUUUCAUCGCCAUUGAUCUUGAGAUGACCGGCGUCACCAGCUCUCCAUGGCGCGAGUCCUUCGAAUUCGAUGUCCGGAGGACCACUCCCUCAUCACCACCCAUCUCCUCUCUGAGCAGGCCCCCAAGCAACACCCUCGCCUUGCCCGACAUCACUAAGAUCUCUCUCCUCUUGUCCUCCGCUGAUAAGAACUCUCUUUCGCCUCUCGAUCCAUCCUCGAGUCUUACGGCCGGGAUUCUUAAGAGGGAUCAGCUUCACAAGCACUGCACUAGGGUUCCCGCUGUCGUCGCCGCUCUAUUUAUUUCCGAUCAUGUUUCUGGGGAUCCCACACAGUGGCUUCAGCUCUGCUUUGACCUUGAAAACCUUAAAGCUGUGCGUCGUCAGAAGAACAUUAAAUUAGUUGUGGUUGUGGUGCACUCAUCUUCCGAUGAUAUCAGUGAAGAUCGAAUAAUUGCACUUCGUAAGCGUGCCGAAUUGAAGUCCAAAUACCUCGUUGUCUUCAACCCUGCCGAUUCGUCACAGCUUGAACAAUCUCUCAAUAAGUUGGGCAACACAUUUGCUGGAUUAGCAAAUACAUAUUACAGGGAUGAAGGGGGAAGGUCAUCGGUUUCCUUAGAAAACGGGGACGCGGUUUUUGUCCUGUGGAAUCAGAAGAAAACAAUUUCCCAUAAAUACAAAAAUUUGCGCGCAGGAUUUCGAUUUCUAUUUUCGAUGUGAGUGAUCAUGUCGUCUUGUACGCCGACCACCUUAUGAGGCCGGAUCAGGUGCCUCCUGAGCCCUCUGUUGGUCCCUCGUCUUCUGUGCUCAAUCAGGAAACCCACGCAGUUGCUUUGGACCAGGAGACCCAGGAAGAAGAGCCUUUGAUUCAGGUCGCCGAGUGCGCAUUUGCCAAGAAGAGGAUUCGGUUAACAACUUGGAGAUUCCCUGUGCCUGCACUGGGAGCCUCAAGGACAUGGGUGAGCAGACAGUUUUUGGUAUUUGCUGAAUUACUGGAGACUCGUUCGAAAACGAUCCAUAGCAAUUUUAGUCCAACUUUGGGAACUAGUGAAAGGUCUUUGACUGAGUGGAAAUUUCAGCCAGCUUAUUACUAUCAGGUGAGGAAUUUAGUACGACCUUCCUGAAAUUUUGACUCUUUAAUGCUUCUAAUUAUUAUUAUUAUUAUUUUAAAUGCAAAUAUCUUAGAAUAUCAUGUCUAAUUAUAAAAUUUAAAUCUUAGAAUAAAAUUUUCAUGAGUACACAAGUAUAUGCCCAAAAACAUACUAGCUUAGCAGGAAAGUUUCCGUUGCUAGUUAAAAGUAGCAUGAAUAUUCUAUUGAAAGGGAUUAUGUAUUUAAACAUAUUACUUUUGUUAAGUAAAAUUUUGAGAAAUUUACGCAUGCAAAUAUUGUUUAUUGAACUUUUGAAUUGCAUGAGUUAAUAUUGUUAGUUAGAACAAAUAUUCACGUUCAUCUGAAAUAUGAAACUAAGUGACAUGUGCGACAUAUUAUUUAUUGAUGAAUAUUAUUGAAUUAACAACGAGCAUUCUCGUUAUAUACGCCUUGUGCAAGCUCUUAUUUUGCAGAAAGAAUUCUAA